AUGGAUCCAGACGAUAUCCCCGAUACAACGCCGUCGGCGCACGAUCGCGCCCUAAAACCGGCCACGCCUCCAGCCGCCGCCGCCGCCGCAACUGCUGCUCGCCUUGCUGGCCCCUCUUCUCCUGCUCCUGUUGCUCGCACCGAAGCCAAUCCCAGUGGUCUGGAUCACGGCUACGACGGCGACGAUGACGAUGACGACUUUUUCUCCUUGUCCCGAACGAGCUCGUACGCCCACGCUCAAACCGCCGCCGCCGCCGACGACGACGGCGCUGGCGUUGGUGUUGGCCUGCACCAUGCCCCCAUGCUGCUUCCCGACCCCAACGUUGCUGUGCUCUUCCACACCCGCUCCGACCGUGUCACCGAGGUCAUCGAGGCCGAACGCAAGUUCCACAACCGGAUUGCUUCCGCCGACACGCUCGUGCGCAUGGACGCUGCCACUGAGAUUCACGUUAUGGAUGAACACGCCCUCCUCAUUCAACUCAACACCAGCGCCAGCAGCGGUUUGUCGCCCCACGUCGCCGAGAAGCUCUUGUACCUGCACGGCACCAACGCUCUUCGCGUCGUCAAGCCCCCGAUCUGGCGCAAGAUUGCCAAGUUCUUCUUUGGCGGCUUUGGCCCGCUUCUCUGGGGCUUUGCCCUGCUCUGCUUUGUUGCCUGGCGCCCUGUCGGCGACCCGCCGGAUCCCGUCAACCUCGGUCUGGGUAUUGUCUUGUGCAUCAUUGGCAUUUUGCAGGGCAGCUUUACUGCCUACCAGGAGCACCACUCGGGCCAGGUCAUGAGCGCGCUCAGCAGCAUUGCCGCCGCUCAGGCCACCGUCAUCCGCGAGGGCCAGACCAUGACUGUUCCCGCCACUACCCUCGUUGUUGGUGACAUUGUCACCGUGGCCAUGGGCGAGCGCAUCCCGGCUGAUGUUCGCUGGCUCGAGCUCCACAACCUCAAGAUCACGCUUGCCAACCUCACUGGCGAGAGCGAGCCCGUCGCCGCAACCACCCGCUCCACCCACGAAAACUUUAUGCAAUCGCUCAACAUGGGCUUCCUUGGCUCUGGCGUCGUCGAAGGCUCUGGCAAGGGCGUUGUCGUGGCCACCGGCAACAACACCGUCAUGGGUAAGAUUGCGCUGCUCUCCACCCGCGCUGCCGCGUCUUCCUCGAUUGAGCGUGACAUUAACUACUUUGUCCUCAUGAUCUCCGCCUGGGCCGUGGGAACGUCUCUCUUCAUUGCACUGCUCUGGGGCACUUGGCUCCGCGACACGUAUCCUGGCUUUAUGACGGUUGCUGGUUUGCUCACGACGAUGGUUGGCGUGGGUGUCACCUUCAUGCCUGAGGGUCUGCCCAUGGCUGUGUGCCUUGCCCUGACGACCACCGCCAAGCGCAUGCACAAGAACAACAUUCUCGUCCGCGCCCUCGCUGGUGUCGAGACGCUCGGCUCGGUCGACAUUAUCUGCUCGGACAAGACAGGCACCCUGACCCAAAACAAAAUGCACGUUGGCCGCAUUGUCUGCGCCGACCGUGUUGAAAAGUCCCGCGCCCGUGUGCAUCGUCUGCAGCAGUCUGGCAACCGUGGCGUGCUCGAGCUGCUCUGGUCCCUGACGCUCUGCAACAACGCGACCGAGUCUCUCACGGAGCGCGACGCCUCAGGCCUCUCUGUCAUUCGCGGUGACGCCUCCGACACUGCCGUUCUUCGCUACUGCUCCGAGUUUUGCAACGUUGCCGCCGUCCGCGCGCGCAGCCCCCGUGUUGCCCAGAUUGCCUUCAACUCGCGCAACAAGUGGAUGCUGUCGAUUCAUGAGGGCCCUGUCGACGCCAUCGACCAGCUCGCCCGCAGUGACAUGGCCAACUCUGCCGCCUGGAGCGCCACGACCAGCGACGCGUCCGCCGCCAAAGCCACCGCCGCCACCGCCGACUCGGCCAUCAAUGGACCCCGCCGCCGUCGCCUCCUCAUGAAGGGCGCUGCUGAGCUCAUGCUCAAGCGCUGCACCCGCCUCUUGUCGGAAGACGCCCUCGCUGAAGGCUCUGCCUCUGGUCCGCGAUGGGAGCACAUUGUGGCGACCGUCGAGCAGCUGGCCAACCAAGGCUACCGCAUGAUUGCCAUCUGCCGCACCGACCUCAACAUGAGCGCCGAGAUUUCCGCCGAUCCACACCCCGACUCUCUCCCUCUCGAUGACCUUUGCUUUGUUGGCAUUGUUGGCCUGGUCGACCCGCCCCGCUCGGAUGUCCCGCUGAGCAUCAAGCGCUUCCACACUGCCGGCGUCAAGGUCAUCAUGGUCACUGGCGACCAUCCCGGCACGGCCACUGCCAUCGCGCGCCAGAUUGGCAUCGUUCGCAUGGACAAGGUUGGCACGCUGGCUGACUUUGACGCCAACUGGACAGUCGAGUCGACGCAAGCGCUGCCCUUUGUCGACCCCGACGACGCGGAGCUUGUGGAUGACACGGCAAACUCGCACACCGACCUCUUCCCCGAUGAGUCUGCUGCGGACACGGCGCGCAACAUGGAGAUGAAUGCGCUCAGCAUUCGCAGCACUGGCUCGAUCUCGGACAUUCUGCGGCGCAACGAGGACCAUCAUCAUCGUGAUCACGAGAGGCAAAACCAUGCCGCAGUGGACGUGUCGACUUUGUCGGGCCUCGGCGCCAUUGCUGUGACUGGCGGCGAGAUUCCGCAGAUGACCGCCCCACAGUGGGACUUUGUCUUUGCUCACCGCGACAUUGUGUUUGCGCGCACCACCCCCGAGCAAAAGCUGCGCAUCGUCAAGGAGUGCCAGUCCCGCGGCCACUGCGUUGCCGUCACUGGCGACGGUGUGAACGACUCGCCCGCGCUGCGCCAGGCGGACAUUGGUGUCUGCAUGGGCAGCGGUUCAGAGGUUGCCAAGGAGGCCUCGGACAUUGUUUUGCUCGAUGAUCGCUUCUCGUCCAUCCUGGUCGCCGUUGAGCACGGUCGCUUGAUCUUCCAAAACCUCAAGAAGGUCAUUCUCUACCUGAUGCCUGCUGGCCAGUGGGCUGAAGUCCUGCCCGUGCUUGUCAACGUCCUGCUCGGCGUCCCGCUUGCCCUGUCCUCCUUCUUGAUGAUUGCGAUUUGCACCGCCACCGACAUGGCACCCGCCCUCUCCCUUGUCGAGGAGCAUGCCGAGCGUGACAUUAUGCACCAGCCCCCUCGCAAUCCCAAGAAGCAGCGCUUUGUCGACUGGCGCCUCAUCCUCGACGCCUUCCUCUACAAGGGCAUGAUUAUCGGCUUUGGCGCGUUCGUCAUGUUCUUCUGGUACAUGGACAAGUACGGCGGCUUCUCGGCAGGCGAUCUCUUGUUUGCCUUCAACAAGUGGACGGACGGCUACCACGGCAAGACGCAGGACGAGCUCAACGAGCUGGUGUUCACUGGCCAAUCCAUUUACUUUAUUGCCGUGGUCGAGAUUCAGUUUGGCCACUUGUUUGCCACGCGCACGCGCUACCUCUCCUUCUUCCAGCACAACCCCUUCAAGGCUGGCCCCCACCGCAGCUUCCGCCUCAUCCGUGCCAUGGUCAUUUCGACCAUCCUUGCCCUUCUGAUGGUCUACCUGCCCUUCCUUCAAGACUACCUCAACACGCGUCCUCCUCCAACCGAGUUUUGGUUUGCUCCCUUCGGCUUCUCGGCGCUGCUCUUUGGCGUUGACGAGCUCCGCAAGCGCCACGUCGCGCGCAAUCCGAAGGGUCUUCUUGCCAAGGUUGCUUGGUAG